CUCUGCGUACACUCUUCACUAAAAUCAUAAAAUUUAUUAAACCACUGUUUUAGAUUAUUCAUCUUUAGUUCAUACAAGUUUACUUUGCUAUGUAAGAUAUAAACAAGAGCAGAUUAAUAGAAUAAAUACAAAUACCAGUUAGUUGGCGUAAUGAACAACAACAUUGAAGAUAAUGAAUUACAAAGCCUCACAAUUUCAUCGAGAUUGCAAACACAUACUCCAGAAGGCAAUGUUUCCAACAUAAAUCCGCCUGAAGUACAUACCACACGGACACAUAAUCUACCAUUAGUGCAACAGUCUUUGAGUAAUACAACUAUUACCAUCGAAGACAAUUCCGAAGGUGAUUUAGAAUUAUCAAAUGGAUCAGGAAAUGCAGAGAACAUAAUGGGACAAUACGCUAGACUACUGCGGGAUCAUGUUGCAGAAGUGACGAGAGCUCGAAUUGGUAAUAUUAUUGCUUCAACAGGGACAAGCGGUUCAUAUCGUCAGACUACAACUAGCUUACAACCUCGUAACUACAGUAGAGUUCGAUCUCUGCCAGCUUCACUUGGAAGUUUUAAUAGCUCUUUGCCACAUGAAGUUGUACGUUCAUUAUCCGCUACAAGUAAUUUUGAUGGGCCUACUCGACAUUCCCAUGAUAGUGAUGAAAAUCAGAUAAUGUUAAUAGAUCACGGUACUAAUACUCGUGAAAACUCUCUUUCAGCUGUACAGUCUGCUGCAAGGAUACCAAUUUUAAUGUCUGAUCGGCAUAUUAAUUCUUCAUCACAUUUCCGAGAAGAUAUCAACAGGUUCAUAUCUUCAUCAAGCUUAAUCAAUCAGAUUGGUACUAGAAACAAUGAACAGAAUGCAACUGCAAGUGAUUCAACAGGUCAAGAAAUAGCACACAAUUCCAGAGUAAAUGCUUCAUCCGAUAAUUCUAGAGACACGGAAGAAGCUGUCAUUUCAUCAAACGAAUUACAUAACGCUUACCAAGAUGUAGUUAUAAAUAUUGUUCGACAUUGCCUACACUAUAUCCCCUUCGUUUGUAUACUGUUCGUUAAGUUCAUUUAUGACCAUUUAGUAGCCAUAUUAGACUUAAUGUCGCUACAACUUGUUAUGUAUUGUGUGAACAAAUCUUUGCAAGCCCAAGUUACCAGACUUGAUCAAAAAAAGAACUUGCUACUUAUACGAGAUCUACUACUUGUCUCUGCGUUAAUAACUUUACGGCUAUUAGCUGCGUCAGCGCCGCCUGAUCCUUUUGGCUUGCUAAUAACACCACCAACAAGUGAACGAAAUAUCAUUCAUCAAGUAGUACUAAGUAUUCCGCAAGACAAAAGCAUUGAAACAACUGCAAAACCAAAUACCAUUGAGCAAACUGUUGUUAUACCAAAAAUUAUAUCGCUCCUUACGAUUAUAUACUACAUUGCGGUCAACGAUUUGUUGCUUAAAUUGAUCACUAUAUCAAUUAAACUGCUCCUGACUUUAAUGCCGUUACGAACAAUUCGACAUAAGACAAGAACGCGCCUAUAUUUAUUCAUUGAACUUCUUUCACAAUUUUAUCGAUCUUUAGUGCCCAUACGACAAUGGUUAUUAUUUCUCUUCGAAUCAUAUUCUGGUCUACAUGCAAUAUCAGGUGUAAUGUUUUCUUCAACUUAUAUUGUACUGAAAGGCUGCGAAUUGACAGAUAGAGGAAAAUCGCUCAAGAAAUCGUUUUUAAACCUUUGGAAGGAUAAAACAAGGAAACCAGAAAGAAAUCUUGACGCCUCCGAUGAUAUGUGCGCCAUUUGCCAAGACUCGUACGUCUCGCCGGUAGUUUUAGAGUGUGGUCACAUUUUCUGUAAUAGUUGCGUAACAACGUGGUUUAAGCGGGAGCAAACCUGCCCUAUGUGUCGUGCAAAAGUGGGAGACAACCUCGCUUGGCAUGAUGGGGCAACAACUUUCUUCUAUCAGCUGUAUUAGAUUGAAUGGCAUCGAAGUAUAAGUAUGUAUAUAAAUUAAAUUUGGUUUUAAGACAGCUAAAUUGACUUUGAAAUGCGGUGCAAUUUAUCAAUUUAUGUAACGUGUGUUUAAAAUAUAUAUUAAAUUUUAGAAAUUAUUUAGUAA